UCUCCCGCGCGACCGCCAGUCAGCCCUCUGCAGGCUCGCCCAGCAUGAGUGAGGGCCGCUUCUACAACAUGAACAGCGCCGGAAUGGCAGCGCCGGGUGGCGUGAGCGCGGCCAAAAUGGACUCCCUGCAGGCGAUGGACCGCCGGAAAGCCGAGCUGCUCGAAGCCCGCUUCGUCGGCAACCGGGUGGGCCCGCCGCCGCCGCCGCUCGGGCCGUUCAGCAACGUACAAGGCAACGACGGCUCGAACCUGAGCACCGGCUCGGUCAGCGACAAGGAGGAGGCCAACUCGCCGGACAAGGGCGUGCCGCCGGCGCCGCCGCCGCAGGCCCGCACGCCCAAACGCAAGCGAAAAAACACGGCCGCGGACGACGGCGGUGCCAGCGGCCCCAAGCGCGCCGACAGCAAGAACAACAAGCUGAUCAACGAGUACUUCCGCGGCCCGGCCGUGGGCCCGGCGCCGGUGCGCGCCGCGCCGUCCCUCCCGGUGCGUAGCGUCGGGGCGCACCAGCCGGCGGCGUCGCGGCUCCUGGCGUACCCGGCCAGCCCACACGGGCCGCUGCCGCCCUGCGCCACGGCCGCCAGCACCGCCGCCGUGGCCGCCGUCACCGCCGCUGUCACGGCGCCCGCCACCAGCAAGCUAGUACAAACGACGAUGACUGGCGUGGACUUUCGGGAGCUGGAGAGCCAGGCGGCGUCCAACGACGAGGCGCGGCGCGACAAGAUAGAGGAGAUGGGUCGGACGAACGAGGAGCUCCGGCGUCAGCUGAAUGCCCAGCAGAAGCUGGUCGAACAGAACAAGUCCAAUCUGGACAAGUGUGUGGACAUGGUGAAAAAACUGCUCAUCGAAAAGAGCAAAAUCGAGAAGAAGGAGUGCCGCCAGAAGUGCAUGCAGAACCGGCUGCGACUGGGCCAGUUUGUGACGCAGCGGGUUGGGGCCAGCUUCCAGGAGAACUGGACGGACGGCUACGCAUUCCAGGAGCUGACCAAGAGGAUGGAGGACCUGUCCGCCUCCCGGGAGGAGCUCGACCGCCAGAAGAAGCUGCUGGCCAAGCGGAAGCCGACGAGCGCCGAGAGCGCGCGGAAGCGCGGCGGCGGCGCCGGCACGGCCCAGCAGAACGGCGGCGAGUUCGUGCGGCCCGAGGACCCCGGCCGUCUCAGCGGCCAGGAGUAUUACGAGGCGGACGAAAUCAUCAAGCUGCGGCAGGCCUCGCUCAAGAAGGAGGACACGGACCUGACGCUGGAGAUGGAGAAGCUGGAGCGUGAGCGCAACCUGCACAUCCGCGAGCUGAAGCGCAUCCACAACGAGGACCAGUCGCGCUUCAACAACCACGUGGUGCUGCACGACCGCUACCUCUUCAUCCAGCUGCUGGGCAAGGGCGGCUUCUCCGAGGUGCACAAGGCGUUCGACCUCAAGAAGCAGCGGUACGUGGCGUGUAAGGUGCACCAGCUGAACAAGGACUGGAAGGACGACAAGAAAGCCAACUACAUCAAGCACGCGCUUCGGGAGUACAACAUUCACCGGACGCUGAAUCACCCGCGGGUGGUGGAGCACUACGACGCUUUUGAGAUCGACUCCAACUCGUUCUGCACGGUCAUGGAGUACUGCUCGGGCCACGAUCUCGACUUCUACCUGAAGCAGCACAAGGUGAUCGGCGAGCGGGAGGCGCGCUCCAUCAUCAUGCAGGUGGUGUCGGCGCUCAAGUACCUCAACAGCAUCCACCCGCCGGUCAUCCACUACGACCUGAAGCCCGGUAACAUUCUGCUGGUGGACGGCGACGUUCUGGGCGAGGUGAAGAUCACCGACUUCGGGCUCAGCAAGGUGAUGGACGACGACAACUACAACCCCGAGCACGGCAUGGACCUGACCUCGCAGGGCGCCGGCACCUACUGGUACCUGCCGCCCGAGUGUUUCGUCGUCGGCAAGAACCCGCCCAAGAUCUCCAGCAAGGUGGACGUCUGGAGCGUGGGCAUCAUCUUCUACCAGUGUCUGUACGGCAAGAAGCCGUUCGGCCACAACCAAUCUCAGGCAACCAUCCUAGAGGAGAACAUCAUUCUGAAGGCCAAGGACGUGCACUUCCCCAACAAACCCACCGUGAACUCGGAAGCCAAGGCGUUCAUCCGCUGCUGCCUGCAGUACCGCAAGGAGGAGCGGUACUGCGUGCGUUCGCUCGCCGAACACCCGUACCUGCAGCCGGCGGCCGGCAAGCGACAGAGCGGCGGCGGCGGCGUGGCCGCUGCUGCCGCGGCCGCUGCCGCCUCCUCCACCUCCACCCCCUCGCAGACGGCCUCGAGCGUGCAGACGGCGGCCGGCAACUCCAACAACUCUGGCGGCGCCGGUGUGGUCAGCACCUCGUCCAACUCGUAGCGAGGCCCGGCGGCCCGCCGCGCGCGGGCGCCCCCCUGUGCUGUGACUUCAGUGUGAUAUGGACGGCCGCGGCGUGCGCAGCGUCGGAAGGGGCGGCCGACGCUCGGCGGAAGCUCCGCCGGGGAAAGUACGUAAUUUACUCAUUAUUUAACGCGUGUGCGCGGCGGCGGCCGCGGCGUCGUAUGCAAUGUACAGACUGGCGGCCGAUUCGGCCCAGACCUUGUUGUGUUUCAGUCAAAUAUAUCAAAAUUGUUUGU